UGAUAGAGUAAUUGAAUAAAUACAUUUUCCAACACAUUAUAAUAGCCAAUCAAAUGCUAACGUUAUCAUGUGAUCAUAUCGUUCCAAGAUGGGGCUUGAAAGUACGAUUGUGUGUGUUGACAACAGUGAUUACAUGAGAAAUGGUGAUUUUGUUCCUACACGGCUACAGGCCCAGCAGGAUGCAGUCAACCUUGUUUGCCAUUCAAAGACACGAGCAAAUCCAGAAAAUAAUGUUGGUCUACUGACUAUGUCGAGUGUUGAGGUUUUGGCUACACUUACAACUGAUGUUGGUCGCAUUCUUAGCAAACUCCAUCAAGUUCAGCCAAAAGGAGACCUAAAGUUUGGGACAGCACUCAAAGUGGCUCAUCUUUCACUCAAACAUAGACAGGGACGUAACCACAAGAUGAGGAUUGUAUUGUUUGUAGGCAGUCCUAUCACAGAGGAUGAAAAAGAAUUGGUGAAAAUGGCCAAAAAACUAAAGAAAGAAAAAGUAAAUAUGGACAUCAUCAACUUUGGUGAAGAGGGCUUAAACACUGAGAAGCUGACUGCCAUGGUAAAUGCUCUGAAUGGAAAAGAUGGAACUGGCUCCCACCUAGUGACCAUUCCACCUGGUCCCAUGUUGUCCGAGGCCUUGAUGAACUCCCCUAUAGUUGUGGGUGAGGAUGGAUCAGGAGCAGCCAUGCAAGCAGUUGGAUUCGAGUUUGGUGUUGACCCCAACGAAGAUCCAGAAUUAGCCUUGGCGUUGAGAGUGUCUAUGGAAGAGCAAAGAGCACGACAAGAAGAUGAGGCUAAGAAAACUGCACCAGCACCGGAGGAGGGACAAGCACAGAGCAUGGAAACAACUGCAGGAGGAGGGACCUCAGACGAGGCAAUGCUGGAACAGGCCCUUGCCAUGUCAAUGCAGCCAGAUGCCAUGGAACAGCAGACCACUACCCCCAGUGUUCCAGACUUCGGCUCCAUGUCGGAGGAAGAGCAGAUAGCGUAUGCCAUGCAGAUGUCAUUAGCAAACUCUGCUGCCAACACCACACAGAAUACUCCAGCACCGAUGGAUGUAGAUGAUGAUGCAAAAGCUGGAGCAGCAGAACAAGAGGAGAAAAAACCUAGCGAUGAAGAUUACUCGGAAGUCAUGAAUGAUCCAGAGUUUCUACAAAAUGUAUUGGAAAAUUUACCCGGUGUGGAUCCUCAUAGCGAAACAAUACAGAAUGCCAUGAGUUCUAUAAUGCAAAAGGAUUCUGGGAAAAAAGAGGAUGGAAAAAAGGAUAAAGACAAAGACAGUAAAUAGUAAUCUCUAAAAUUUAAUUGGAAUGUAAAUAUCUGUGAAUGAAAGGACUGAUGUUUGCUAAAGUGCUGCCGAUGUUAUCGAGAAUGAUAAAAACAUGUUUUGUUGUGUUGGAAGAUGGAAUAUCUGUUCAGGAUAUAAUUUAUCUGUAAUCUAAUCGUCAAACUGAACUCUUCAAUAUUCAAAUUAGCAAUCACAUGUUUUGUGUUUCUGUUCUUUUUGAAGUUUAGGGAAACAUGUAUUGAUGCAUUGAAACUUGAAGUUACUUCAUCAAGGGUGGAAUGUGGGCAUCAGGCAGGCUGGUGUCCUGGAUGAUAUCGAGUGUGAAUGUUUAGGAUGUCUAAUAAAGUAUUACACUAA